AGCUCCUCUAGCGAACUUCUCAUCACUAGGAGAUCCCAGGAUCAGUCUGUGACUUCGGAAUAUGCAGCACCAAAACAAAAUCAAACAAACAAAGACUCUAAUUUAAACAGGAAGCAUAUAAAUCCAGAGAUAUACCAGAAAUUUACUUCGUCUGUUCUGCUCCUACUAAUACCGGUAAAACAGCUCAUCCCGCCAAAGUUCCUCUAGUAUCAAAGGCCCAAUUCACGUCAUCCACUCGAAAAUUUACAAAGUCAGCAUCACUCGAUUUAUCUGAGCAAGAGGGAAGUCAAACUGCCACUUUAUCAUUGAGUGGAUUGUCCAUGACAUCACCUCGAGUCAACAAGGCUGCAACAUUGCCAGUUCCAACUCGUCAACCAGAAGAGCGAGACCAUUUGUUUGAUGACAUGAAAAUUUGUAUUAAUCAACGACCCAGAAGCGAAAAGGGAUUUGGAUUUACUGUUCGAGGUGGCGAUGAUGGAAAACCAGUCAUUGUCGAUACCGUUAGUCCAGGUGGUGCCGCCGACAUUUGCCAUCUUUGUGUGAGUGACGAGAUACUCGCUAUAAAUGAAGUUCCUCUCGCUGAUUGUAAAACACAAGACGAUAUCGUACAAUUGAUUGUAUCAAGUGUUAUCACUGGAAAUUUAUCUCUGAAUAUUAGAAGAUAUGGGAAAGCCAAAAAAGCGAGUCCCCUUCGAUUGGCUGGAACAAAAGUUGUGAUGACAGCAGGUGGAUUUGUUCAAGUAAGAUCGGAUAAACCAAUAACGAGGACAAAUGAACCAGACAGAACAUCUUAUAACAUUGCCAGACCAAAAGAGAUUUCAGUUUCUUCUCCGGUACAUACAGAUGAUAAUAACAAUGAUAUGAUAGAUGGUGAUGAUGAGCUUCCUCCUCCUCCUACUCAGCAAGAAUUAGAAGCUGCUCAUUACGCUACCGUAGCACAAACAAAUAACAGGCGUUUGAGUCCAUUGUCAGGAUUAGUUGCCGCAGCUUCACAAAAUUCGCAUCACAGGUACAAUGAUGCCAACAGCGAUAGCUUCGAACAAGCCAGUUCAUUUGACAGCUAUCGUGAUACUGCAUUAUCGGAGGUUCACUCUGACGGAGAUGAUAUUGAAGGAGAAGAAGAAUUAAGACAACAAGUUCUUGAAGCUCAAAAAGAAUUAGAUUUUGAACAAGUUGACCAGUAUGAUAUUAGAAGAAGAGAAGACGAAAAUCUAUUGAGACUUGAGCUACAAGAAGAACAAAGAAAGUUGGAAAUGGAAGAAGCCCAAAGAGAAGAAAUUAGGAGGAAGAUGCAGGAGGAAGCAAAAUUAGAAGAUUUAAGAGUAGAAGAGGAAUUAAGAAAAAUACAAGCUCGAAGAGUGAAACAACAAGAACAACGUAGAAAUAACAUGCAGAGUUACCAAGAUCGACCCUCUGGGACGCAAAGCUCUCUUCCUACUGCCCCGCCUCAAGCAUCCCGGACUAAUGGAUUAGGUAUGAUGGGAUCUUAG